AUGCACUGGACAACCGCCCUCCUCCUCACCCUCCUCUCAAUCUCACCCCCCACGCUCGCCCGCACAACCCGCAUCCUCACAAAAUUCACACCCUCAUGCCACACUCCCUCCGAAGCCCCAGACACAGACGACCUCGACUUCAACCUAGACGAGGAAUUCACAGUCGGCCUGAACAUCCGUUCAGGGAUAUGCCAGGGUGUCCCAGUCCCCCUACCACUAGGCUUCUACGACGAAGUCGACUAUGUCUCGCUCGAGCUCGUCGUCCCCGAACCACACGUGCUACACACACCCCGCGCCAGCAACAACAGCCCCGCGCCGAACCUGGAAGUCUGCACGGUCCGGCUGUUUGAGAGACCAGGGUGCGAUGAUCUUGACACACCGCUUAUCCAGCGGGAGUUUGGGGUCGGUGCGGGCGUGGGCGGGAGUAGUCAAUGUGUCCAGCGGAGUGUGGAGUACAUGGGGCUGGGCGAGGUCUUUGUUAGGAUUGAUUGUGUGGAUGGGAGUUUGCCGCGUCCGGGUCCUGGGGUGGAUGGGGGGUUGCAAGACGCGGGGAAUAAUGGGACGGUGGUGUCGUUUGCGAAUGGUACCGCUUCGGCGACGAUGAUGGCUAGAUCAAAGAGUGGGAUUGGUGCUGUGCUUGGGAGGUGGCAGCGGAGGAGGGUGGCGCUUUUGGGGAGGUAG